CCUGCCCCCAUUAUUUUUUCCCUCUUCCGAGAAACAAACACACCCAAAAACUUAUAUACUUUCUAUUUUUCAAAGUUGAUAUUUUUAUGUUCGUUUCAGUUUUUAUCCAAAGAAAUCGGCUUCCUUGUUUGGGUUUCAACAGAUAUGUUUUAACAAGAAUCUUGGUGUUCUUUUUUUUUCUUAUUUCAACUUUGGUUAUUUUUUCCGACAAGAUUCUCCGAUUUUAUCGGACUUGCUAUUUUUUGUCUUUGUUGUUCUGUUUUCGUUGUUUGGAAUUCUAACAAAAACCCAUUUCAAUUCAAUCUAAUUCUUCGAAUUUCAUUCUGUUUCCGGGGAAAAGUUUGGAUCUUGCAGAGAAAGAAAGAUUCAUUUUCUUUUUCUUCUUCUUACUAUUGAUUUUGGAUUGAAGUAUUAUUGAUCAGGAGAAUAAACUGGAGGGAUUUUAUUGUGGUGAUUUUUGGUGUGGUGUUGGUAACCCAGAGACUGCUAAAUUUCGUCAACCUAGAGAAGAAAUGAAGAACCCAAAAGUUGAUCCUUCUAUGGAGCUCCCUGUUCCCAAUAUGGUUCCAACUAAGGAUGGCAGCCCAUCCGAUGCAACAUCCUGCAUUUCAUCUGCUGAUGCAACAGGAUAUGGCAAAGAAAGUGAUGUGGAAAAUGAAUCUCUGGCAAUGGAUCAAGCUCCACCUUAUCCAACUGAGGGCUAUUAUGGUUACUACUAUCCAGGUUACACAGACCAAGGAUACUACAUGGGUGGUGAUGGAUUGGAGCUUCAAUAUCCUGUUAUGCAAGCGGAUAAUGGAUCUUUGGUGUACUUUAUGCCGGGAAUUCAGACUGGUUACGGACCUUAUGCUCCUUAUGUGCCUGUAGCUACAGUUGGUGCUGAUGGGCAGUUUGUCACUGGUCAAUUGCCAUAUUCACCAAGUUCAAUGUUGCAACCAGUUGUUGCUCCCCCUGGUUAUAUUCAAACCCCCCUUCCUUAUGGGGAGUUAGUGCCAGCACCCUACGUCUGGGAUCCAUCAAUCUUUGUUGGGGAUGGGACAUUUGGACAGAGCUAUUAUGGAAUCCCAGAAAUUCAUGGUUCUAAACCCAAUAUAUCCUCUCCUAGUCAUGCACAUUCUCCUUUCUCCAAAAAUUUACCACGUUCUGACCUCAGCAAUCCAUUAGAUGUCAAAAGCUCUUUGCCUUCUUCAGAUUGUCAAGGGAAACGCAACCAAUUGAAAACUUCAAGCAAGAUCUCACAUGGCUCAACCUUUGAGUCAGAUUCAUUGGGAAAAGGGUACUGCCCUUUUAUGAAGUAUCCCUUACAUAACCAGGGGAAGGGUGGUGUGCUUUAUCCAACUAAUCCAGUUAGUUGGAAGGCUAAUGGACGGGGUUGGGGUGCUGAAGAAAAGCUCAAGCCAAGAAGGAAGGUUAAUAGCAUUGGAGACUUAAGUCUGCUCAACGAGCAGAAUCAAGGUUUGAGGACAGCCAGUGUCAAAGGGUUGGCUGGAGGUAAUGCUGCUGGAUCUUUCGCUAGCAAGGAGAGCAGAAAGAGUAGCGGUGCAACUUCUCUGAUUAGGAGGGAUCAGUACAACGUUCCUGACUUCCCAACAAAAUAUGAUCAUGCAUUUUUCUUUGUUAUAAAAUCUUACAGUGAAGAUGAUAUUCAUAAGAGUAUCAAGUACAAUGUAUGGGCCAGCACUCCUAGUGGAAAUAAGAGGCUGGAUAGUGCAUAUCAAGAUGCCAAACAGAAGACAGCAGAGAAAGGAAGCAAGUGUCCUGUUUUCCUUUUCUUUUCGGUGAAUACGAGCGGGCAAUUUUGUGGAGUUGCUGAGAUGAUGGGCCGGGUUGAUUUCAACAAAAACAUGGACUUCUGGCAACAAGACAAGUGGAGUGGUUAUUUCCCAGUCAAGUGGCAUAUUGUAAAAGAUGUACCAAAUGCACAAUUACGGCAUAUUAUACUUGAGAACAAUGAGAAUAAACCUGUUACAAACAGCAGAGACACACAGGAGGUGAGAUUUCCACAGGGGAUUGAGAUGUUGAACAUUUUUAAGAACUAUGAGUCAAAGACAUCCAUACUGGAUGACUUCUAUUUUUAUGAAGGUCGCCAGAAAGAGAUGCAGGAAAAGAAAGCCAGACCAUCCAUUUCACACUUUAAUCCCAUAAAGCAGAAAGUAGAGGAAUUAACAGGCGAUUUUCAGUCAGUAGAUUUAUCAGCAAGCAAAGGUGUUGGUGAGGGUAAAAUCAAAAGUCAAAGCAAAGGAAUGAAGGAUUGAAGGGCAUGAUGGAUUGAUGACUGGAAAUAGGAGCUGAUUAGGUUUUCAAUGGCUGCUGAUGUGUCAUACCAGCAGGAUGAAAUAAAAAUUAAAAUGAAAAAAAAAAAAAAGAGGGUGAAAAACAACAGAGUUGGAAGAAAUGGAAGUGGUUAAUUUUGGGGUGGGAGUGAUUCAUAGAAGGAAUGAAGGAAAAGUUGAUUGCUCUUUGUGAAAGUGAUGGAUGAUGUUCUCUGUCCUUGUUUUUAGCUUCAUCUUAUUCAAAAUGUGCAUUUCUCUCCUCUCUUUUUUUUUUUUUUAAUCAAUGUGUGGUGUUGUUUUGUGGAAUGCUGGUAAGUUUGGUGGUUGACAUAUUUACCCCUCCAAAAAAGGAGAAGGUGGUAGUUGAAAUAACAUGUUGAAAUAAGAAAUGUGGCUGUGAAACUGAAAACAGGGAAUACAAGGGUAUAUACUGA